AAUUCACAAACAGCUGUCGCGUUGUUGUAUAAUUUUGAUGUGAGGAAAUGGCAUGCGCCAGAAAAUUGCCUUUACGCGUUUUCCUGAAUAAGUCCUUGACGGUAAGCCGUACCAUCACCAUGUCCGCCGCCCGCCGCGCCGAGGAGGCCGUCGAGAAGCUGAAGGAGAGCAACCCCUACUACUCCAAGUACGCGGGCAAGAUUGCCAAGUUGCAGCAGACGUCGGCUGAGGAGUUCCUGGAUCGCGUGGAGCGCGUGGUGAAUCCCAUCAAGGAUGGCCAAAGCCAGGCCAGGACCUACUCCGAGCUGCUCAAUCCCAAGCAGAAGCUGCAGGCGGAGCAGGCGGCUGAACUGCCCCACAAGAAGCUCACCGACAUCAUGAAGCUGGAGCUGGUUGCCGACAAGAGCGCCGAGGAGGUAGCGCAGAUCUGGCUGGAGUACCACAAGACCAAGGAGGUCCUGGCCGCUACCCUGACCACUACUCAGUACGAGAACCUCAUGAAGCGGGCCAAGGAACAUCCAGUCUUCUUGCUACCGCUGCCCCGCAGCGAGGGCUUCGAGUUCGUCAUGCUGCAGUUUGCCGCCAACACCGUGCACUUCACUCCGCUGCUGGCCUACCAGGUGCACCAAGAGAACGCCCCCGAGUGCCUCACCCUGGUCCACUACACCGAGGUGCAGGACAAGGGAGUGGUCCUGAUGCGUGGUGAAUACGACACCAAAGUGCUUACCGCCCAGGAGGCUCAGUGCCUGGCCAACGAGCUCCAGAUGUUCUACCUUAAGCCCGACGAGGGCAAGCUGAGCCUGCUAAACACCUUUACACGCAAACCGGACGAAUUCAAGCACAUGGAUCUGAUCAAGGAAGUGGAGAACAUACAGCUGGUCUAAGCCCUGCGAUUUUAGUCAAAAUAAACGAAGCAAACACGACACCGACACAUCAAA